CACGUGCUUCAGUGUCGAACGUCACCCUACAAAAACAACAAUGAAAGUUCUGGUAAUUGCCGCAGUUUUAGCCUUUGCGACAGCUCUCCCUCAAAGGAGAGUGUCCCUUAAGCCUCAAGAGCUGCAGCACGCAGACGACCAGGCGACGGCGGAGCAGAACUACAAUAACUACCAGUCCCAGCAGGAGUACAGACAACAACAACAACACCAGCUUCAGCAGCAGCAGUCCAGGCCGAUUGAAGACUUCAGACCCAAAGUCUCUCUGGAGACCACCACUUUCAUCCCAAUUAUCCGUUUUGACAAGGAACAAGGGACUGAUGGAAGCUACAAGACUGCGUACGAAACCGGUAACAACAUCCAGGCCCAAGAGCAAGGUUACCUGAAGACUGUUGGUGAAAACCAGGAUCAAUCUGCUCUUGUCCAGAGCGGUUCUUACACCUACACUGCGCCCGAUGGUCAAGUAAUCACUGUAGAGUACACCGCUGACGAAUUCGGCUUCAGGGUCAAGGGAGAUCACAUUCCUACACCUCCCCCCGUAUCUCCUGAAAUCCAGAAGGGUCUUGACCUCAUCUAUGCUGGAAUCAAAGCCAACCAGGAGCGUCAAGAAAUUGAAGCCAGAAACAAUCCAGAGGCCGCUAGACAACAAGAAGAGAAAGCGGCUCUCGACUACAAAGGUCUCUACUACCAGCAGUAGAUUAGACUGACGAAGUGUUGACUAUGAACUAGGUCGUGAAUUAAGUGAUAUACUAAUGUAUAAAAAUUUUAUAUGGCUUGUAGUAAGAGCCGUGGACUGCCAGCGUUAUUUAUAAUAAAAAAGUGACGUCACAACAAUCAGCUUUACCCUAACAAUCUAAGAUUCUUAAAAAAAGACCACCAGAACAUAUAACCGUACAAAAUCUACAUCUGCAACGAAUUUUUUUUACUAGUGCAAGUCACGUAAAUAUUUUCAUACUGAUUCCUUAAAAAGAAUUUGCAAGAUCUACCAGAGACAAUAAGAUUUAUUGUGCUAUCUACUGAACUGGAGAACAGGAGAUAUGUUUAAACAACCAAUGGGAAUAAGUUAUUUUAACAUUAUC